AUGUCUGCCCACGCUCAUUGCACCUUCCACUUUCUCGCCACCGGUCAAAACUGCGUUAUCUGCACUUUCCAGAACAUUGAUACUUUCCUCUUCUUCGCGACCUGGGGUUGUGAUCUGCGGGCGAAUAUUAAGCUCUUCAAGCACGAGGCGAAGACGCCGUGGUGGAAGUGGGAGAAGAAGAAUAAAUUGAAGAAUGUCACCAUCAAGGGGCGAAAGGCGGGCAUGGAUCCGUGGUGGAAUCAGAGAUAG